AACAAAAAAGCUCAAUGAGAUGAUAAAAUGCCAGUUUGCUGGCUUAUCAGCGAGGAGGGUAAUCAUAAACCCAUUCAGCUGCCCCACUUACAGACAGUUGUCCUGGGUCGAGGUCCAGAAACGACUAUUAAAGACAAAAAAUGCUCCCGGCAGCAAGUUGAAUUGAAAGCAGAAUGCAACAAAGGUUAUGUCAAAGUUAAACAGCUGGGUGUGAACCCCACCUCCAUAGACUCGGUAGUGGUGGGUACAGGCAAUGACGUCAAAAUGAAGCCCGGACAGCAGCUUCAUAUUGUCAAUCAGCUCUAUCCGUACACUGUACAGUUCAAGGAGGAUCCCACCGGCAACCACGGUGGCACCAAAAGGCCACGAGAGUCAGCUUCAGAGAACAGAGAGAACCAGAGAGAGGCCCAGAAAAUGAAAGUAGACAAACCGACAGAAAAGGUCUCUGUGACAGUCAGCCACGGAGACGCCACAAAAACCAGUGAAAGUGUUGGGCAUUGGAGCCAAGGUCUGAAGACUUCAAUGCAAGACCCAAAGAUGCAGGUAUACAAGGAUGAUAAAGUCGUAGUAAUUAAAGAUAAAUACCCCAAGGCACGCUACCACUGGCUGGUCCUCCCGUGGCAGUCCAUUUCUAGUCUGAAGGCGCUGCGUGAGGAGCACUGUGACCUGGUGAAACACAUGCAGCAAGUUGCUGACCAGAUGGUUCAGCAGUGUCCCAAUGCUAGCUCACUACGCUUCCGCACAGGGUACCAUGCCAUCCCAAGUAUGAGUCAUGUUCAUCUCCAUGUGAUCAGCCAGGACUUUGACUCUCCAUGUUUAAAGAACAAAAAGCACUGGAACUCAUUCACAACUGACUACUUCAUUGAGUCUCAUGAUGUCAUUCAGAUGCUUGAAACAAAUGGAAAAGUCACUGUGAAAGAAGGCAUGAGUGAGUUGUUGAAACUACCUCUCCGCUGCCACAUGUGUCGCAAAGAGCUUCCCACUAUCCCGGCUCUGAAGGAGCACCUGAAGUCUCACUUUCCCAGAUAGGAAUGUGACUUAAAGGAAGAUACAAUGCCUCAGAUGUUCAUGGGUUGAACACAGGACUCUUGGCACGUUUGAUAUUAUUUUUGCCUGUUUAUUAUGAUUUAUAGUUUUGUAAAACAUGUUUAUCGAGUACUAUAAUUAUGUGACCAAAACACAAUGCUUAUGUUGCAUUUUCAGCUCAUCAUUUGUCAGUAUGUUUAAGAGGAGGGUCACUGUUCAGCUGCAUGUCAUUCGACAGGUUCUGAGAUUUAUCAUCUAUUGUUCCGCAAUUUUCCAACAUGUUCAGAUAUGUUGUAUUAAAUAUUUUGUAAUAACUAAA